AUGGUCCAGAUUGCAGAGGUAAACGAUAAUCAAGUCUCCCAAAGAGAAAACAGGACCGCAGCACACACCCACAUCAAAGGUCUAGGAUUAAACGAGCACGGGAUAGCAAAACAAAUCGACGGUGGAUUUGUAGGCCAAAAAGAUGCAAGAGAAGCAUGUGGUAUAAUCGUGGAUUUAAUCAAAAGCAAGAAGAUGUCAGGCAAGGCCGUGUUGAUAGCUGGUCCUCCGGCCACCGGUAAGACCGCGUUGGCUCUCGCAGUCUCGCAAGAACUAGGUCCCAAAGUUCCCUUUUGCCCCAUCGUUGGCUCAGAACUAUACUCCGCCGAAAUCAAGAAAACGAGUGCCUUGAUGGAAAACUUUAGAAAAGCCAUUGGAUUACGUAUAAAGGAAACAAAAGAAGUAUACGAAGGCGAAGUGAUCGAGUUGACCCCAGAAGAGGCAGAGAACCCGCUCGGUGGAUACGGCAAAACCAUAUCUCACGUAAUUGUCGGCCUCAAGUCUGCAAAAGGCACCAAAAACUUGCGCUUAGACCCAAGCAUAUACGAAUCACUUCAAAAAGAACGCGUCUCCGUGGGUGAUGUCAUCUACAUCGAGGCAAACACAGGCGCCGUCAAGAGAGUCGGCCGUUCGGAUGCUUAUGCGACUGAAUUCGAUUUAGAAGCCGACGAAUACGUACCUCUCCCCAAAGGCGACGUCCACAAAAAGAAGGAGAUUGUCCAAGAUGUCACGUUGCAUGAUUUGGACGUGGCAAAUGCGAGACCUCAAGGUGGCCAAGACGUCUUGAGCAUGAUGGGCCAACUCUUGAAACCUAAGCGUACUGAAAUCACCGACAAGUUGAGAGGUGAAGUCAAUAAAGUUGUCUCCAAAUACAUUGACCAAGGAGUAGCCGAGUUGAUCCCAGGGGUGUUGUUCAUCGAUGAAGUCAAUAUGUUGGAUUUGGAAAUCUUUACUUAUUUGAACAAGGCGUUGGAAAGCAAUAUUGCCCCCAUUGUCAUCUUGGCUUCGAAUCGAGGCUUGACUGUGGUGAGAGGCUCAGACGACUUGGACACCAAGGCUCCACACGGGUGUCCACCGGACUUGGUCGAUAGAUUGCUCAUUGUAAGGACAUUGCCUUAUAAUUUUGAAGAAACUAAAACAAUUGUAUCCAAGAGGGCCCAGUUGGAGAAUUUGCUCAUAUCCAAUGAUGCUUUGAAUAAGCUUGCGGAAAAGGGAGUCAGCACUUCCUUGAGGUACUCGUUACAGCUAUUGACUCCAGCUGGAAUACUAAGCUCAACAGCAGGCCGCUCCGAAAUUGAAGUUCAAGAUAUUGAGGAUUGUGAGUUGUUGUUUUUGGAUUCAACACGCUCAACAAAAGUGUUGACUGAAACAAAGACGUUUCUCUAG